AUGGCACCCAGCGCAAUUACCCCAGAGACACAAUAUGAGCACACAGCUUUAUCCAACGUCGUCAAAUUGAUCAAGAACGAUGACGCCCAGACAAUUGAUCUUGCUUUGCGGCAAUUCCGUUGCUUGAUUGCUGAUCUAUGCGAACAAUUCAAGGGCGGCCAUCCUGGAGGUGCCAUGGGAAUGGCUGCUAUUGGCCUCGCCCUCUGGAAAUACAUAAUGCAGUACUCGCCUAACGACCCGGACUACUUCAACCGCGAUCGCUUCGUUCUCUCAAACGGCCACACAUGCCUCUUCCAGUACACAUUCCUCCAUCUCGUCGGCUACAAGGCCAUGACAUUUGACCACCUCAAGUCCUAUCACUCUUCCAACUACGACUCUCUAGCGCCAGGACAUCCCGAAAUCGAGCAUGAAGGAAUCGAAGUGACGACCGGUCCUCUCGGUCAAGGCAUUGCCAACGCCGUCGGUCUCGCCAUGGCUACCAAGAACCUCGCCGCCAUUUACAACAAGCCCAAUUUCGAACUCGUCAAUAACAUGACUUACUGCAUGAUUGGAGACGCGUGCCUUCAAGAAGGAGUUGCUCUUGAAGCUAUCCAGUUGGCGGGCCACUGGAAGCUCAACAACCUCGUCGUCAUGUACGACAAUAACCAAAUCACCUGCGAUGGUAGCGUCGAUCUCUGCAACACCGAAGAUGUCAACGCCAAGAUGCGUGCUUGCGGCUGGGAUGUGAUUGAGGUCGAGGACGGCUGCUACGAUGUUGAGGGUAUCGUCAAGGCCCUCAUUAAAGCCAAAGCCAGCACUGACAAGCCCACAUUCAUCAACAUCCACACUGUCAUCGGUGUUGGGAGCAAGGUUGCUGGUGAUGCCAAGGCUCACGGUGCCGCCUUCAGUCCUGAAGGUGUCAAGGCCAUAAAGGAGCACUUCGGCAUGGAUACCGACAAGCAGUACUUCGUCUCUGAUGAGGUCUACACCUUCUUCCGUGACCGCAAGGCCCGCGGCGAUCGCCUUGUAGAAGACUGGAAGAUUCUCGUCGAUUCUUACGCCAAAGAGUACCCUGAUCUCCACCAAGAGUUCAUCAAGCGGGUUGAGGGUCGUUUCACCGAAGAUUGGCGGAGUAUUAUCCCCGCCAAGGAGUCCCUGCCUACUACUCCCACCCCUUCUCGAAAGUCUGCCGGCAUAAUCUGUAACCCCCUGGCUGCUAAGCUCAAGAACUUCAUGGUUGGCACAGCUGAUCUGUCGCCCUCUGUUAACAUGAUAUGGAAAGACAAGGUCGAUUUCCAACAUCCCGAGCUCAGGACCACAUGCGGCAUCAAUGGAGACUACUCCGGCCGCUAUAUCCACUGGGGAAUUCGUGAGCACGCAAUGGCUUCCAUCUCGAACGGUCUGGCCGCCUACAGAAAAGGCACCAUCCUCCCUGUCACAUCUAGCUUCUUCAUGUUUUACAUCUACGCCGCCCCUGGUGUACGCAUGGGUGCGCUCCAAAACCUCCAGGCCAUCCAUAUCGCUACCCAUGACUCUAUUGGUACUGGUGAAGAUGGCCCUACUCACCAACCUAUCGCUUUGCCUGCUCUCUAUCGUUCAAUGCCCAACAUACUUUACAUCCGGCCUUGCGACACGGAGGAGACGGCCGGUGCCUUUAUCACCGCCCUGGAAGCGAAGGACACCCCAUCUAUCAUCUCCCUCUCCCGACAAAACCUUGAGCAGUACCCUCAGCACUCGAGCCGUGAAGGUACCCAGAAAGGUGCAUAUGUCUUUAUCGAGGAGGACAAUGCCGAUGUCACCCUGAUCGGCGUUGGUGCUGAGAUGGUCUUUGCCGUCAAGACUCGCGAGGUCCUCAAGGACAAGUUCGGCAUCAGAGCCCGCAUCGUCUCCUUUCCCUGCCAACGUCUCUUCAACUCUCAACCUCUUGAAUACAAGAGGCAGGUUCUCCAGUAUCGCUCCAACGCUCCCCGCGUUGUAAUCGAAGCAUAUGCCGUUAAUGGCUGGGAGAGAUACGCCGAUGCUGGCUAUUCCAUGUCAACAUUCGGCAAGUCGCUACCUGGAAGGGACGCAUACAAGUACUUUGGUUUUGACGAGACUGUGAUUGCUCCAGCGGUUGCUAGACUUGUAGAAGAGGUUAAGGAGGAGGGCAUCGAGAGUCUGCGGGGCGAGUUUCGGGACCUUAACAAUGUGACACAUGAACACUAA